AUGGGUGAACCAUCAUCCAAGACGGGCUGGUGGGCUUGGUCGACCAAGAAGAAGGCUCUUAUCUUUGGAACCGUCGCUCUUGUUAUCAUCGGUCUGGGUGUCGGUCUGGGUGUCGGUCUGGGAAUUGGCCUCAAGAACGGCGGAGAUGAUGAUAAUGGUGACGGCAACGAGGGCUCCGGCUCCGGCUCCAAUACGACAACACCAACAAACACAACCGUGAAAUGGCAGCCAGCUGUUGGCACGAAGUGGCAGAUUAUACUGAAGACCCAGAAUAACGAACCGAUCUCCACCUCAGUGGACGCACCCAUCUACGACAUUGAUCUUUUCGACAACAACAAAACCGUCAUCUCAGACCUUCAGAAAAUGGGUCGCAAAGUGAUCUGCUACUUCUCCGCCGGCUCGUUCGAGGACUGGCGCGAUGACGCCGGCGACUUCGAUGCCGCAGACAAGGGCAAGGAUCUCGACGGAUGGCCCGGCGAGAAAUGGCUGAACGUCAAGUCCGCCAACGUACGCAAAAUCAUGCAGGCACGUCUUGAUAUCGCCGUGGCCAAGGGCUGCGACGGUGUCGACCCUGACAACAUCGACGGGUACGACAACCCGAACGGACUUGAUCUCACUAAGGCUGAGGCUAUCGACUACGUGAAUUGGCUUGCUUCCCAGUCCCACAGCCGUGGUCUCUCAGUUGGAUUGAAGAAUGGCGCAGGUAUUAUCGACUCUGUCAUUGAUAAGAUGCAGUGGUGUGUCAAUGAGCAGUGUGCUCAGUUCCAGGAGUGUGAUACCUAUGCGUCCUUCAUUGGGGCAGACAAGCCUGUCUUCCACAUCGAGUACCCCAAGGGUGAUGAUACCAACAACAACAAGUCUGUGACGACCAGCCAGGCGAAUUCUGCUUGUACGGCCAACAGCUCUGGCAACUUUUCAACUGUUAUCAAAAACAUGGACUUGGAUAAUUGGGUUGAAUACUGCCCGUGA